AUGAAGAACGGUGCUUUGCAUCAUCCUGAUAAUGUUCCUUUCAGCUCCGGCGCCAAUUCAGAUCCAAAGGAUCCAGGUACCGAUUCUGUAUCAGGCUCAAGUCCUAAGGCUGGGGGGUUAGAUUCCGGUUCAGGAGCAGCAGCUCCUGCUGCUGUUGCAGGAGAUGACGCUAAGAACGACAAUACUCCGGAGUAUGCUGAGAUCUUAGACCCGUGCACUGUCUUACACCCCAUUAACCAAGGGUUCAUUGAUCUCCGGGGCAUAUCGGCCUUAGGCAACGACGGUAAGGCCGUAGGGUUCACCACGCGAGGGUACGAGAAGCACAGGAACUUUACCUUGGGCAUCUGCUCGACACCGUUCAAGAAGGAACACGACAUUGUGGACGGGUUCCCCUCGUCGCAAGUGGGGGCGCACUACUACGACCCCAAGUUGGAGAAGUACAUCAGUUUGGGGGAGUUCUCGACCAAGCCAACGUUCAAGGGAAAGAAGUUGGUGCUUACCUACACCAAUGGUUCGUACUGUGACAGUUUAAUCCACAAAGACUCGGGCGAAAGGGUCAGAAGAUCAACCAUUAUCACCUUCACCUGCGACCGAGAAAUCUUAUCUAAAGCUCAUGUCUCGUACAUUGGGUCUGCCCACGACUGCAGUUACUUCUUUGAGGUUAGAAGCCAUCAUGCUUGUCCUACGGCUCCUCAAGUGAAUAACUUGGCGGUGAUCUGGAUCUUUCUCUUUAUAUUGUUAUCGGCAUUAGUGGUGUAUUCUUCCGGUGGCUUGUUGUACAAGUACUUGAGAAACAAGCAGACAAAGAUAUAG